UGCUUACUGUGAUUGUUUGUUGGGCCAUGUGUCUAGUGUUGGCCCAUUAACGUGUACACAUAUACUAGAAGUGUGUGUGGUGUAGAGAGAGUGCUGUAUGUUUUCCACAUUCCAGAAAAAUCCACAUGGUACCGGAGCCAGGCUCAACGGCGAUGGCGUCGCGGUGACGAGUGUCUUCGGCCUCGACGGAGAAGACCACCGAGAAGGAGAUCAGCGACGGCCGAAGGAGGCCGCCGAGGCACACGAGCGAUCGAGGGAGGCGAGGGACGUGACCAGGCAGAAGACGGGCGAGUACACCGACGCCAGCAGGGAGGCCGCGCAGGAGGCCAGGGACAGGUCCCGAGCCACAGCACAGGAGGGACGCCACCGCCGACAAGGCGAGGGCGGCCAAGGACGUGGACGCGGGCACUCGUCGGCGACAAGGAUCUGGAGAUAGGGGUGCUUGGGGAGGCUCUCCAGCUGCCGCAGCUCGUCCAACCCUUGAGGAAGCUGCCGGCACACAGGUGCUGCUGCUCCCCCCUGCUGCCCGCGUCCUGUGACUGAGAUCCAUCCAGCUCGGAGGAGGAGGAAGAGGAGGCGCUCCUGGUCCUGGCUUCUAGACGUUGUGACCCAGAUCUUGACGCAGCUGCCCAAGUAGUUUCCUAGUUAUUAUUACAUAUAUAUUAUGGGGGAAAAUCAAGGAAUUGAGCAGGUUCUUGGUAAAUUGGUCGAAUUACUGUCAGCAAAAAGGGAUGAGGCUCCAUCAUCAAUUAAAGACAAUGUUGCUCAUAUAGAACCAGUUCAGAAGAUAGACCUAAUGCCAAAUGAGAUUAAGUUAGAAGGGGUGAAAAAUUAUUUGGCAUGGUCUAGAAGAGCAUUGCGAUUAUUGAAGGCAAAGAGACUCGAGGGCUAUGUUAAAGGAGAUGUCGUUGAGCCCAAGGAUAAGUUAAGUGAUGAAUGGAAAGACUGGGAUGCUAUAAACUCUUUAGUGGCAGCGUGGAUGUUGAGUUCUAUGAUUCCAGCAAUUGCUAGCACUGUUGAUACAAUCAUAAGUGCUGCAGAAAUGUGGAAAGCACUUGAAGAAAUGUACUCGGGAGCUGGAAAUGUUAUGUUGAUGGUGGAGACUGAAGAUCGCCUCCAUAAUAUCAAACAGGGGGAGCGAUCUGUGGCGGAGUACGUUCAGGAGUUACAAUGUUUAUGGGCUGAUGUUGAUCAUUAUGAUCCUAUUGAGCUACCACACUCAGAGUGUGUUGCUUGGGCGAAGAAAUGGGUGGAAAAAAGACGUGUACUUCAAUUGCUAAGGGGGCUAAACUCAGAGUUCGAGGGAAGACGUGCCUCCAUGUUUCAUCAAUCCACUCUUCCUAGCCUACAAGAAGCCAUAGCUGCCAUAUCCCAGGAGGAGUCAAGACUCAAAGUGAUGAGAGAAAGUUCUCAAACGCCGCCUCAUCCUGUGUUUUCAGCUAUGAGAACCAAAGAUACUAGAGAAUGUUACAAUUGUGGUAAUGUUGGACAUAUUGCACGUAAUUGUUCUAAGCCUUCCAAAGUUAAUCGUGGGAGAGGAAGAGGGGCUCCUAGAGGCGGCAGAGGUCGUGGAGGCAGGAGUUGGGCAAGGGCGAAUGCAGCAACUACACAAGAAGAACUUGAAACAUUUAUGGAACACGAAGAUGAAACAAAGUUGAGGAAGAAAAAUCAAAUCUCUGGAGAUAAAGAUCAGGAGUCUCACACAGGGGAUUUUGUCCACUUCGCCUACACUGAUGAAGGAGAGGGAAACAGGGAAGAGACUUGGGACAGCUACCAGGCGUAAUGGAUUGUGGUAUAUGGAUCAUGAGGGGACUAAUGGUACAAUAUGCACUAUGCUGGCAACAAGAAUGGAAGAGAAGGAGGUUGCAGUGAUGCUCUUGCAUUGUAGAUUAGGGCAUCUUUCUUUUGAUAAGAUAUGCAAAGCUUUUCCUGAUGUAAUGAGUGGGGUGGAUAAAAGCAAGCUAUUGUGUGAUGCCUGUGAGUUUGCAAAACACACAAGGACAUCUUAUAUUAGUCGAGGUAUCAGGAGUAUAUCUCCUUUUGUGCUAGUUCAUUCUGAUGUUUGGACAUGUCCUGUGACUUCUAUUAAUGGGAUGAAGUACUUUGUUACUUUUAUCGAUUGUUUUUCUCGGA